GCUGCGCCCGCGGAGCAGCCUCGCUGCGAUUGGCCGUACGCGGGGGGCGGCAGUCCCGCGUCGGCCCGCCCCUCGGGCCGCUAGAGGCGCCGGGAUCGCGGGCGCCGGCUGAGCCAGCGGCGGCCGGGAGGCUGUCUCCGCACGCCGGCGGGGCGAGGCGCCCGGGCCCUGCGCGUCAGGGCUGAGAACUGGGAGGAAGCUGGAGAAAAGAUGUCUUCUGAGCCUUUCUGUUUGGCUGCCCAGGCUCGCCUUGACUCCAAAUGGUUGAAAACAGAUAUACAGCUUGCUUUCACGAGAGAUGGACUCUGUGGUUUGUGGAAUGAAAUGGUUAAAGAUGGAGAAAUUGUAUACACUGGAACAGAAUCAACCCAGAACGGAGAGCUCCCUACUAGAAAAGAUGAUAGUGUUGAACAAAGUGGAACAAAGAAAGAAGAUCUGAAUGACAAAGAGAAAAAAGAUGAAGAAGAAACUCCUGCACCUGUAUAUAGGGCCAAAUCAAUUCUGGAGAGCUGGGUAUGGGGCAGGCAACCAGAUGUGAAUGAACUAAAGGAGUGCCUUUCUGUGCUGGUAAAAGAGCAGCAGGCCCUGGCCGUCCAGUCAGCUACAACCACCCUCUCAGCCCUGCGACUUAAGCAGAGGCUGGUGAUCUUGGAGCGCUAUUUCAUUGCCUUGAAUAGAACCGUUUUUCAGGAGAAUGUCAAAGUUAAGUGGAAAAGCAGCAGCAUUUCUCUGCCUCCUGUGGACAAAAAAAGUUGCCGGCCUGCGGGCAAAGGCGUGGAGGGGCUCGCCAGAGUGGGAUCCCGAGCAGCGCUGUCUUUCGCCUUCGCCUUCCUGCGCAGGGCCUGGCGAUCAGGCGAGGAUGCGGACCUCUGCAGUGAGCUGUUGCAGGAGUCCUUGGACGCCCUGCGAGCGCUUCCUGAGGCCUCACUCUUUGACGAGAGCACUGUGUCCUCUGUGUGGCUGGAGGUGGUGGAGAGAGCGACCAGGUUCCUCAGGUCCGUCGUGACUGGGGAUGUUCACGGAACACCAGGUACCAAAGGGCCAGGAAGUAUCCCCCUGCAGGACCAGCACUUGGCCCUGGCCAUCCUGCUCGAGCUGGCUGUGCAGAGAGGCACGUUGAGCCAAAUGCUGUCUGCCAUCCUGUUGUUACUUCAGCUGUGGGACAGUGGGGCACAGGAGACUGACAACGAGCGCUCCGCCCAGGGCACCAGCGCCCCACUUUUGCCCUUGCUGCAAAGGUUCCAGAGCAUCAUCUGCAGUAAGGACACGCCUCACUCCGAGGGAGACAUGCGCCUUUUGUCUGGCCCUCUGAGCCCCAAUGAGAGUUUCCUGAGGUACCUCACCCUUCCGCAAGACAACGAGCUUGCCAUUGAUCUGCGGCAAACAGCGGUUGUUGUCAUGGCCCAUUUAGACCGCCUAGCCACGCCCUGUAUGCCUCCGCUGUGCAGCUCUCCGGCGUCCCAUAAGGGAUCGUUGCAAGAGGUCAUAGGUUGGGGGUUAAUAGGUUGGAAAUACUAUGCCAAUGUGAUUGGUCCGAUCCAGUGUGAAGGCCUGGCCAACCUGGGAGUCACACAGAUUGCCUGUGCAGAGAAGCGCUUCCUGAUUCUGUCACGCAACGGCCGCGUGUACACACAGGCCUACAACAGUGACACACUGGCCCCGCAGCUGGUCCAGGGCCUUGCCUCCAGAAACAUUGUAAAGAUUGCUGCCCAUUCUGAUGGCCACCACUACCUAGCCUUGGCUGCCACUGGAGAGGUGUAUUCCUGGGGCUGUGGGGAUGGCGGACGGCUGGGCCACGGGGACACUGUGCCUCUGGAGGAGCCUAAGGUGAUCUCUGCCUUCUCUGGAAAGCAGGCUGGGAAGCACGUGGUGCACAUUGCUUGCGGGAGCACGUACAGCGCAGCCAUCACUGCUGAGGGGGAGCUGUACACCUGGGGCCGCGGGAACUACGGCCGGCUUGGCCACGGCUCCAGUGAGGAUGAGGCCAUUCCAAUGCUGGUGGCUGGGCUUAAAGGACUGAAGGUCAUCGACGUGGCAUGUGGGAGUGGGGACGCUCAAACCCUGGCUGUCACUGAGAACGGGCAAGUGUGGUCUUGGGGAGAUGGUGACUAUGGGAAAUUGGGCAGAGGUGGCAGUGAUGGCUGCAAAACGCCAAAGCUGAUUGAAAAGCUUCAAGACUUGGACGUGGUUAAAGUCCGCUGUGGAAGUCAGUUUUCCAUUGCUUUGACCAAAGAUGGCCAAGUGUAUUCAUGGGGGAAAGGUGACAACCAGAGACUUGGACACGGAACAGAGGAACAUGUGCGUUAUCCAAAACUCUUAGAAGGCUUGCAAGGGAAGAAAGUGAUUGAUGUGGCUGCGGGCUCCACCCACUGCCUGGCUCUGACUGAGGACAGCGAGGUCCACAGCUGGGGGAGCAACGACCAGUGCCAGCACUUUGACACCUUGCGCGUGACCAAGCCAGAACCUGCAGCAUUGCCGGGACUGGACACCAAACACAUAGUGGGAAUUGCCUGUGGGCCUGCCCAGAGCUUUGCUUGGUCGUCGUGUUCCGAGUGGUCCAUUGGACUCCGUGUCCCUUUUGUGGUGGACAUUUGCUCAAUGACUUUUGAGCAGCUGGAUCUUCUGCUGCGGCAAGUCAGUGAGGGGAUGGAUGGUUCCGUGGACUGGCCCCCACCGCAGGAGAAAGAGUGCAUGGCCGUGGCAACGCUGAAUCUUCUGCGACUUCAGUUGCAUGCUGCCAUUAGUCACCAGGUUGACCCGGAAUUCCUUGGUUUAGGUCUGGGCAGCGUUCUCCUGAACAGCCUGAAGCAGACGGUGGUGACCCUGGCCAGCAGCGCAGGUGUGCUGGGCACUGUGCAGUCAGCUGCCCAGGCCGUGCUGCAGAGUGGCUGGUCCGUGCUGCUGCCCACCGCAGAGGAGCGAGCCCGGGCACUCUCUGCUCUCCUGCCCUGUGCAGUUUCAGGCAGUGACGUGAACAUAAGUCCAGGCCGUCGAUUCAUGAUUGAUCUUCUGGUGGGCAGCUUGAUGGCUGACGGAGGGUUGGAGUCAGCCUUACAUGCAGCCAUCACUGCAGAGAUCCAGGAUAUUGAAGCCAAAAAAGAAGCACAGAAGGAAAAAGAAAUUGAUGAACAGGAAGUGAAUGCCUCAACAUUUCAUAGAAGCAGGACUCCAUUGGAUAAAGACCUUAUUAAUACGGGGAUCUAUGAGUCUUCUGGCAAACAGUGUUUGCCUCUGGUUCAGCUCAUACAACAGCUUCUUAGAAACAUUGCUUCUCAGACUGUAGCCAGAUUGAAAGAUGUUGCCCGUCGGAUUUCAUCAUGUCUGGACUUUGAGCAGCACAGUCGUGACAGAUCUGCUUCGUUGGAUUUAUUAUUGCGUUUUCAACGUUUGCUUAUUAGUAAACUUUAUCCAGGAGAAAGUCUUGGUGAGACCUCAGAUAUUUCUGAUCCGGAGCUGAUGGGCGUUGGUUCCUUGCUGAAGAAGUACACGGCCCUUCUGUGCACGCACAUUGGAGAUAUACUGCCUGUGGCGGCCAGCGUUGCGUCCACCAGCUGGCGGCACUUUGCAGAGGUGGCUUGCAUUGUGGAAGGGGACUUUACCGGUGUUCUCCUUCCAGAACUAGUAGUUUCUGUAGUGCUUCUGCUCAGUAAAAAUGCUGGUCUCAUGCAAGAGGCUGGAGCUGUGCCUCUGCUGGGCGGCCUGUUGGAGCAUCUGGAUCGGUUCAACCACCUGGCGCCAGGAAAGGAACGGGAUGAUCAUGAAGAGUUAGCCUGGCCUGGCAUAAUGGAGUCAUUUUUUACAGGUCAGAACUGUAGAAAUAAUGAGGAAGUAACACUGAUACGCAAAGCUGAUUUGGAGAACCAUAAUAAAGAUGGAGGCUUCUGGACUGUGAUUGAUGGGAAAGUGUAUGAUAUAAAGGACUUCCAGACUCAGUCGUUAACAGGAAAUAGUAUUCUCGCUCAGUUUGCAGGGGAAGACCCAGUGGUAGCUUUGGAAGCUGCUUUGCAGUUUGAAGACACCCGGGAAUCCAUGCAUGCAUUUUGUGUCGGCCAGUAUUUGGAGCCUGACCAAGAAGUUGUGACCAUACCAGAUCUGGGAAGUCUCUCUUCACCUCUGAUAGACACAGAGAGGAAUCUGGGCCUGCUUCUCGGAUUACACGCUUCCUAUUUAGCAAUGAGCACGCCGCUGUCUCCUGUCGAGAUCGAAUGUGCCAAAUGGCUUCAGUCGUCCAUCUUCUCUGGAGGCCUGCAGACCAGCCAGAUCCACUACAGCUACAACGAGGAGAAAGAUGAGGACCACUGCAGCUCUCCAGGGGGUACCCCUGCCAGCAAGUCUCGACUCUGCUCCCACAGACGGGCCCUGGGCGACCAUUCCCAGGCGUUUCUGCAAGCCGUCGCAGACAAUAACAUUCAGGAUCACAACGUGAAGGACUUUCUGUGUCAAAUAGAGAGGUACUGUAGGCAGUGCCACUUGACCACACCGAUCACGUUUCCCCCCGAGCAUCCCGUGGAAGAGGUCGGUCGCUUGCUGUUAUGUUGCCUCUUAAAACAUGAAGAUUUAGGUCAUGUGGCAUUAUCUUUAGUUCACGCAGGUGCACUUGGUAUUGAGCAAGUAAAGCACAGAACAUUGCCUAAGUCGGUGGUGGAUGUUUGUAGAGUUGUCUACCAAGCAAAAUGUUCACUUAUUAAGACUCAUCAAGAACAGGGCCGUUCUUACAAGGAGGUCUGCGCUCCUGUCAUCGAACGUCUGAGAUUCCUCUUUAAUGAAUUGAGACCUGCUGUUUGUAAUGAUCUCUCUGUAAUGUCUAAGUUUAAAUUGUUAAGUUCUUUGCCCCGUUGGAGGAGGAUAGCUCAGAAGAUAAUUCGAGAACGAAGGAAAAAGAGAGUUCCUAAGAAGCCGGAAUCUACAGAUGAUGAAGAAAAAAUUGGAAACGAAGAGAGUGAUUUAGAAGAAGCUUGCAUUUUGCCUCAUAGUCCAAUAAAUGUGGACAAGAGACCCAUUGCAAUUAAAUCACCCAAGGACAAAUGGCAGCCACUACUGAGUACAGUUACGGGCGUUCACAAGUACAAGUGGUUGAAGCAGAACGUUCAGGGUCUUUAUCCGCAGUCUGCACUCCUCAGUACCAUUGCUGAAUUUGCUCUUAAGGAAGAGCCAGUGGAUGUGGAAAAAAUGAGAAAGUGUCUACUAAAACAGUUGGAGAGAGCUGAGGUUCGCCUGGAAGGGAUAGAUACAAUUUUAAAAUUGGCAAGCAGGAAUUUCUUACUUCCAUCUGUUCAGUACGCGGUGUUUUGUGGAUGGCAAAGGCUUAUUCCUGAGGGAGUUGAUAUAGGGGAACCUCUCACUGAUUGUUUAAAGGAUGUUGAUUUGAUCCCACCUUUUAAUCGGAUGCUGCUGGAAGUCACCUUUGGCAAGCUGUAUGCGUGGGCUGUCCAGAACAUUCGGAAUGUUUUGAUGGAUGCCAAUGCCAAAUUUAAAGAGCUUGGUAUCCAGCCGGUUCCCCUGCAAACCAUUACCAAUGAGAACCCAUCAGGACCGAGUCUGGGGACCAUCCCGCAAGCCCGCUUCCUCCUGGUGAUGCUGAGCAUGCUCACCCUGCAGCACGGCGCCAACAACCUCGACCUCCUGCUCAAUUCCGGCAUGCUGGCCCUCACACAGACUGCACUGCGCCUGAUUGGUCCCAGUUGUGACAAUGUUGAGGAGGAUAUAAAUGCUUCUGCUCAAGGUGCUUCUGCCACAGUUUUGGAAGAAACAAGGAAGGAAACAGCUCCUGUGCAGCUCCCUGUUUCAGGGCCAGAACUGGCUGCCAUGAUGAAGAUCGGAACAAGGGUCAUGAGAGGUGUGGACUGGAAAUGGGGCGAUCAGGACGGACCUCCUCCAGGCCUAGGCCGAGUGAUUGGUGAGCUGGGAGAGGACGGAUGGAUAAGGGUCCAGUGGGACACGGGCAGCACCAACUCCUACAGGAUGGGGAAAGAAGGAAAAUACGACCUCAAGCUGGCAGAGCUGCCGGCCGCGGCACAGCCCUCAGCAGAGGACUCGGACACAGAGGACGACUCUGAAGCCGAACAAACGGAAAGGAACAUUCACCCCACGGCAGUGAUGUUUACCAGCACCAUUAACUUACUGCAGACUCUCUGUCUCUCUGCCGGAGUUCAUGCUGAGCUCAUGCAGAGCGAAGCCACCAAGACUUUAUGUGGCCUGCUGCGAAUGUUAGUGGAAAGCGGAACCACGGACAAGACAUCUUCUCCAAACAGGCUGGUGUGCCGGGAGCAGCACCGGAGCUGGUGCACACUGGGGUUUGUGCGGAGCAUCGCGCUCACGCAGCAGGUGUGCGGCGCCCUCAGCUCCCCGCAGUGGAUCACGCUGCUCAUGAAGGUCGUGGAAGGGCACGCACCCUUCACUGCCGCCUCACUGCAGAGGCAGAUCUUAGCUGUACAUUUAUUGCAAGCAGUCCUUCCGUCGUGGGACAAGACCGAAAGGGCAAGGGACAUGAAGUGCCUUGUGGAGAAGCUGUUCAGCUUCUUGGGGAGCUUGCUCACUACUUGCUCCUCCGACGUGCCGUUGCUCAAAGAGUCCACACCGAGGCGGCGCCGGGCACGCCCACAGGCCUCGCUGACCGCCACCCACAGCAGCACACUGGCCGAGGAGGUGGUGGCCCUGCUGCGCGUGCUGCACUCCCUGGCGCAGUGGAAUGGGCUGAUCAACAAGUACAUCAACUCCCAGCUGCGCUCCAUCACCCACAGCUUCGCGGGAAGGCCGUCUGAAGGGGCCCAGUUAGAGGACUACUUCCCCGACACCGAGAACCCUGAAGUGGGGGGCCUCAUGGCGGUCCUGGCUGUGAUCGGGGGCAUCGAUGGUCGCCUGCGCCUGGGCGGCCAAGUCCUGCACGAUGAGUUUGGAGAGGGCACCGUGACUCGCAUCACCCCGAAGGGCAGAAUCACCGUGCAGUUCUCCGAAAUGCGGACGUGCCGCGUUUGCCCACUGAAUCAGCUGAAACCGCUCCCUGCCGUGGCCUUUAAUGUGAACAACCUGCCCUUCGCAGAGCCCAUGCUGUCUGUCUGGGCUCAGCUGGUGAACCUCGCUGGAAGCAAGUUAGAAAAGCACAAAAUAAAGAAAUCGACUAAACAGGCCUUUGCAGGACAAGUGGACCUGGACCUGCUGCGGUGUCAGCAGUUGAAGCUGUACAUCCUGAAAGCAGGUCGGGCGCUGCUCUCCCACCAGGACAAACUGCGGCAGAUCCUGUCUCAGCCAGCUGUCCAGGAGACUGGAACUGUUCACGCAGAUGACGGAGCAGCAGCUUCACCUGACCUUGGGGACGUGUCUCCUGAAGGGCCGCAGCCCCCCAUGAUCCUCUUGCAGCAGCUGCUGGCCUCGGCCACCCAGCCGUCUCCCGUGAAGGCCAUAUUUGAUAAACAGGAACUUGAGGCUGCUGCCUUGGCCGUGUGCCAGUGCUUGGCUGUGGAGUCCACCCACCCUUCGAGCCCAGGUUUUGAAGACUGCAGCUCCAGUGAGGCCACCACGCCUGUCGCCGUGCAGCACAUCCGGCCUGCUAGAGUGAAGAGGCGCAAGCAGUCGCCUGUUCCUGCCCUGCCUAUCGUGGUGCAGCUCAUGGAAAUGGGAUUUCCCAGAAGGAACAUCGAGUUUGCACUGAAGUCUCUCACUGGUGCUUCCGGGAAUGCAUCUGGUUUGCCUGGUACUUGGUUUUCCUGGUCUCUGUUUGUGUACAUCUUUGAAUGUAUUUAUCUCUUACAGUCUACUGGUGCUGUUGUGACGGAGAGCCAGACCUACAAAAAACGAGCUGAUUUCUUGAGUAAUGAUGAUUAUGCUGUGUAUGUGAGAGAGAAUAUUCAGGUGGGAAUGAUGGUUCGAUGCUGUCGAACAUAUGAAGAAGUGUGCGAAGGUGACGUUGGCAAAGUCAUCAAGCUGGACCGAGAUGGGUUGCAUGACCUCAAUGUGCAGUGUGACUGGCAGCAGAAAGGGGGCACCUACUGGGUUAGGUAUAUUCAUGUGGAACUUAUAGGCUAUCCUCCACCAAGUUCUUCUUCUCACAUCAAGAUUGGUGAUAAAGUGCGGGUCAAAACCUCUGUCACCACACCAAAAUACAAAUGGGGAUCUGUGACUCACCAGAGUGUGGGGGUUGUGAAAGCUUUCAGUGCCAAUGGGAAAGAUGUCAUUGUCGACUUUCCCCAGCAGUCUCACUGGACUGGCUUGCUGUCAGAAAUGGAGUUGGUGCCCAGUGUUCAUCCGGGGGUUACGUGUGAUGGCUGUCAGAUGUUUCCUAUCAAUGGCUCCAGAUUCAAAUGCAGAAACUGUGAUGACUUUGAUUUCUGUGAAACGUGUUUCAAGACCAAAAAACACAAUACCAGGCACACAUUUGGCAGAAUAAAUGAACCAGGUCAGUCUGCGGUAUUUUGUGGCCGUUCUGGAAAACAGCUGAAGCGUUGCCACAGCAGCCAGCCAGGCAUGCUGCUGGACAGCUGGUCCCGCAUGGUGAAGAGCCUCAACGUGUCGUCCUCUGUGAACCAGGCGUCCCGUCUCAUCGAUGGCAGCGAGCCCUGCUGGCAGUCCUCGGGGUCGCAGGGAAAGCACUGGAUUCGUUUGGAGAUUUUCCCUGAUGUUCUUGUUCAUAGAUUAAAAAUGAUCGUAGAUCCUGCAGACAGCAGCUAUAUGCCAUCCCUCGUUGUGGUGUCAGGUGGAAAUUCCUUAAAUAACCUUAUUGAACUAAAGACAAUCAAUAUUAACCCUUCUGACACCACAGUGCCCCUCCUGAAUGACUGCACAGAGUAUCACAGGUAUAUUGAAAUUGCCAUAAAGCAGUGCAGGAGCUCAGGGAUCGAUUGUAAAAUCCAUGGUCUCAUCCUGCUGGGCCGGAUCCGUGCAGAGGAGGAAGAUUUGGCUGCGGUUCCUUUCUUAGCUUCAGAUAAUGAAGAGGAGGAGGAUGAGAAAGGCAGCAGUGGAAGCCUCAUUAGAAAGAAGACUACAGGGCUGGAAUCAACAGCUGCGAUAAGAACCAAAGUGUUUGUGUGGGGCCUGAAUGACAAGGACCAGCUGGGUGGGCUGAAAGGCUCCAAGAUAAAGGUUCCUUCGUUCUCUGAGACGCUGUCUGCUUUGAAUGUGGUACAGGUGGCUGGUGGUUCUAAAAGUUUGUUUGCAGUGACUGUGGAAGGGAAGGUGUAUGCCUGUGGAGAAGCCACGAAUGGCCGGCUGGGGCUGGGCCUUUCCAGCGGGACGGUGCCCAUCCCACGGCAGAUCACAGCCCUCAGCAGCUACAUGGUCAAGAAGGUGGCCGUUCACUCAGGUGGCCGGCACGCGACGGCUUUAACUGUCGAUGGAAAAGUGUUUUCGUGGGGUGAAGGGGACGACGGAAAACUUGGACACUUCAGCAGAAUGAACUGUGACAAGCCAAGGCUGAUCGAGGCCCUGAAAACCAAGCGUAUCCGGGACAUCGCCUGUGGGAGCUCACACAGCGCGGCCCUCACGUCCAGUGGGGAACUGUACACCUGGGGCCUCGGCGAGUAUGGCCGGCUGGGACAUGGGGAUAAUACGACACAGCUAAAGCCCAAAAUGGUGAAAGUCCUUCUCGGUCACAGAGUAAUCCAGGUUGCAUGUGGGAGCAGAGACGCGCAGACCCUGGCUCUGACCGAUGAAGGUUUGGUAUUUUCCUGGGGUGAUGGUGACUUUGGGAAAUUGGGCCGGGGUGGAAGUGAAGGCUGCAACGUUCCCCAGAACAUUGAGAGGCUCAACGGACAGGGCGUUUGCCAGAUUGAGUGUGGAGCUCAGUUCUCCCUGGCCCUCACCAAGUCUGGAGUGGUGUGGACAUGGGGGAAGGGGGAUUACUUCAGGUUGGGCCACGGCUCUGACGUGCACGUGCGGAAGCCACAGGUGGUGGAAGGACUGAGAGGGAAGAAGAUCGUGCAUGUGGCUGUCGGGGCCCUGCACUGCCUGGCAGUCACAGACUCAGGGCAGGUGUACGCUUGGGGUGACAAUGACCAUGGCCAGCAGGGCAAUGGCACAACCACAGUUAACAGGAAACCCACCCUCGUGCAAGGCUUAGAAGGCCAGAAGAUCACACGCGUGGCUUGCGGGUCGUCCCACAGUGUGGCGUGGACAACCGUGGAUGUGGCCACACCCUCUGUCCACGAGCCUGUCCUCUUCCAGACUGCAAGAGACCCUUUAGGUGCUUCCUAUUUAGGCGUGCCUUCAGAUGCCGAUUCUUCUGCUGCUAGUAAUAAAAUAAGUGGUGCAAGUAGUUCUAAGCCAAACCGCCCUUCUCUUGCCAAGAUUCUCCUGUCGUUGGAUGGAAAUCUGGCCAAACAGCAGGCCUUAUCGCACAUUCUAACAGCAUUGCAAAUCAUGUAUGCCAGAGAUGCUGUGGUCGGGGCCCUGAUGCCGGCUGGCAUGAUGGCCCCGGUGGAGUGCCCCUCAUUCUCGUCGGCAGCCCCGUCCGACGCAUCUGCCAUGGCCAGUCCCAUGAACGGAGAUGACUGCACGCUGGUCGUUGAUAUUGAAGACGGACUGAGUCCAAGUCCAUGGCAAGAAAAGAGAGAGAUUGUUUCCUCUGAGGACGCGGUGACCCCCUCUGCAGUGACUCCAUCAGCCCCCUCAGCCUCCGCUCGGCCAUUUAUCCCAGUGACGGAUGACCCGGGAGCCGCAAGCAUCAUUGCAGAAACCAUGACCAAAACCAAAGAGGACGUUGAAAGCCAAAAUAAAACCGCUGGUCCAGAGCCCCAGGCCUUGGAUGAGUUCACGAGUCUGCUGAUUGCUGAUGACACCCGCGUGGUGGUGGACCUGCUCAAGCUGUCCGUGUGCAGCCGGGCUGGGGACAGGGGCAGGGAAGUGCUCUCCGCUGUGCUUUCCGGCAUGGGGACCGCCUACCCCCAGGUGGCUGAUAUGCUGCUGGAGCUCUGCGUCACCGAGUUGGAGGACGUGGCCACAGACUCGCAGAGCGGCCGUCUCUCCUCUCAGCCUGUGGUGGUGGAGAGUAGCCACCCUUACACCGACGACACCUCCACCAGCGGCACAGUGAAGAUACCAGGUGCAGAAGGACUCAGGGUGGAAUUUGACCGGCAGUGCUCCACGGAGCGGCGCCACGACCCUCUCACAAUCAUGGACGGUGUCAACAGGAUUGUCUCUGUGCGGUCAGGCCGAGAGUGGUCCGACUGGUCCAGCGAGCUGCGCAUCCCGGGGGAUGAGUUAAAGUGGAAGUUCAUCAGCGAUGGGUCGGUCAACGGCUGGGGCUGGCGCUUCACCGUCUAUCCCAUCAUGCCAGCAGCUGGCCCUAAAGAACUCCUCUCUGACCGCUGCGUCCUCUCCUGCCCGUCCAUGGAUUUGGUGACGUGUCUGUUAGACUUCCGACUCAACCUUGCCUCUAACAGAAGCAUUGUCCCUCGUCUUGCAGCCUCGCUGGCUGCGUGUGCGCAGCUGAGUGCCCUAGCCGCCAGUCACAGAAUGUGGGCCCUUCAGAGACUGAGGAAGCUGCUUACAACUGAAUUUGGGCAAUCAAUUAACAUAAACAGGCUGCUUGGAGAAAAUGAUGGGGAAGCAAGAGCUUUGAGUUUUACAGGUAGUGCUCUUGCUGCUUUGGUGAAAGGUCUUCCAGAAGCUUUGCAAAGGCAGUUUGAAUAUGAAGAUCCUAUUGUGAGGGGUGGCAAACAGCUGCUCCACAGCCCAUUCUUUAAGGUACUCGUAGCUCUUGCUUGUGACUUGGAGCUGGACACUCUCCCUUGCUGUGCCGAGACGCACAAGUGGGCCUGGUUCCGGAGGUACUGCAUGGCCUCCCGUGUCGCUGUGGCUCUUGACAAAAGAACCCCGUUGCCCCGUCUGUUUCUUGAUGAGGUGGCUAAGAAAAUUCGUGAAUUAAUGGCAGACAGCGAAAACAUGGAUGUUCUGCAUGAGAGCCAUGACGUUUUUAAAAGAGAGCAAGAUGAACAGCUUGUGCAGUGGAUGAACAGGCGCCCAGAUGACUGGACUCUUUCUGCGGGUGGCAGUGGAACAAUUUAUGGAUGGGGACAUAAUCAUAGGGGCCAGCUAGGGGGCAUUGAAGGUGCAAAAGUCAAAGUUCCCACUCCCUGUGAAGCCCUCGCAACUCUCAGACCCGUGCAGUUAAUCGGAGGAGAACAGACCCUCUUUGCUGUGACGGCUGAUGGGAAGCUGUAUGCCACUGGGUAUGGUGCAGGUGGCAGACUGGGAAUUGGAGGGACAGAGUCGGUGUCUUCCCCAACAUUGCUUGAAUCCAUUCAGCAUGUGUUUAUUAAGAAAGUGGCCGUGAACUCAGGAGGAAAGCACUGCCUUGCGCUGUCUUCAGAAGGAGAAGUUUACUCUUGGGGUGAGGCGGAAGAUGGAAAGCUGGGUCAUGGCAGCAGAAGUCCGUGUGACCGCCCCCGUGUCAUUGAGUCUCUGAGAGGAAUUGAAGUGGUCGACGUUGCUGCUGGCGGAGCUCACAGCGCCUGUGUCGCGGCCGCCGGGGACCUCUACACGUGGGGCAAAGGCCGCUACGGCCGCCUGGGGCACAGUGACAGCGAGGACCAGCUGAAGCCGAAGCUGGUGGAGGCGCUGCAGGGGCACCGUGUAGUCGACAUUGCGUGUGGCAGCGGAGACGCCCAGACUCUCUGCCUCACAGAUGACGACACCGUCUGGUCCUGGGGGGAUGGUGACUAUGGCAAGCUGGGUCGCGGAGGCAGCGACGGCUGUAAAGUGCCCACGAAGAUUGACUCUCUUACAGGCCUUGGAGUAGUUAAAGUGGAAUGCGGAUCCCAGUUUUCUGUUGCCCUUACCAAAUCUGGAGCCGUUUAUACCUGGGGCAAAGGCGAUUAUCAUAGGCUGGGCCAUGGAUCGGAUGACCAUGUUCGAAGGCCUCGGCAGGUCCAAGGGCUGCAGGGGAAGAAAGUCAUCGCCAUUGCCACCGGCUCCCUGCACUGUGUGUGCUGCACAGAGGACGGUGAGGUUUAUACGUGGGGCGACAAUGACGAGGGACAGCUGGGAGACGGAACCACCAAUGCCAUCCAGAGGCCUCGGUUGGUCGCUGCCCUUCAGGGAAAGAAGGUCAACCGUGUGGCCUGUGGCUCAGCGCAUACCCUCGCCUGGUCGACCAGCAAGCCCACUAGCGCUGGCAAGCUCCCCGCACAGGUCCCCAUGGAGUGCAAUCACCUGCAGGAGAUCCCCAUCACCGCGCUGAGGAACCGCCUGCUGCUGCUGCACCACAUCUCGGAGCUCUUCUGCCCCUGCAUCCCCAUGUUCGACCUGGAGGGCUGGCUGGACGAGACUGGACUGGGGCCUUCCGUGGGGUUUGACGCCCUCCGAGGAAUCCUCAUAUCCCAGGGGAAGGAGGCGGCUUUCCGAAAAGUAGUGCAAGCCACCAUGGUGCGAGAUCGUCAGCACGGCCCCGUCGUGGAGUUGAACCGCAUCCAGGUCAAACGAUCAAGGAGCAAAGGCGGGCUUGCCGGCCCCGACGGCACCAAGUCUGUCUUUGGGCAGAUGUGUGCCAAGAUGAGCUCCUUUGGCCCCGACAGCCUCCUCCUCCCUCACCGCGUCUGGAAAGUCAAGUUUGUGGGUGAAUCUGUGGAUGACUGUGGGGGCGGCUACAGCGAGUCCAUUGCCGAGAUCUGCGAGGAGCUGCAGAACGGACUCACGCCUCUGCUGAUCGUCACGCCCAACGGGAGGGACGAGUCCGGGGCCAACCGCGACUGCUACCUGCUCAGCCCGGCCGCCAGGGCGCCCGUGCACAGCAGCAUGUUCCGCUUCCUGGGUGUGUUGCUGGGCAUUGCCAUCCGAACCGGGAGUCCCCUGAGCCUCAGCCUCGCCGAGCCUGUCUGGAAGCAGCUGGCUGGGAUGAGCCUCACCAUCGCGGACCUCAGUGAGGUCGACAAAGAUUUUAUUCCUGGACUCAUGUACAUCCGUGACAACGAAGCCACCUCGGAAGAGUUUGAGGCCAUGAGCCUGCCCUUCACGGUGCCGAGCGCCAGCGGCCAGGACAUCCAGCUGAGCUCCAAGCACACGCACAUCACCCUGGAGAACCGUGCGGAGUACGUGCGGCUGGCCAUAAACUACAGGCUCCAUGAAUUUGAUGAGCAGGUGGCUGCUGUUCGGGAAGGGAUGGCCCGCGUGGUUCCUGUCCCCCUCCUCUCUCUGUUCACUGGCUACGAACUGGAGACAAUGGUUUGUGGCAGCCCUGACAUCCCCCUGCAUCUCCUCAAGUCAGUGGCGACCUACAAAGGCGUCGAGCCCUCGGCGUCGCUGAUCCAGUGGUUCUGGGAGGUGAUGGAGUCCUUCUCCAACACCGAGCGCUCUCUCUUUCUUCGCUUCGUCUGGGGCCGGACGAGACUGCCCAGGACCAUCGCCGACUUCCGGGGCCGAGACUUCGUCAUCCAGGUGUUGGAUAAAUACAACCCUCCAGACCACUUCCUGCCCGAGUCCUACACCUGUUUCUUCUUGCUGAAGCUGCCCCGGUAUUCCUGCAAGCAGGUGCUGCAGGAGAAGCUCAAGUACGCCAUCCACUUCUGCAAGUCCAUAGACACAGACGACUACGCUCGCAUCGCGCUCACGGGAGAGCCGGCCGCCGACGGCAGCAGCGACGACUCGGACAACGACGACGUCGACUCCUUUGCUUCGGACUCGACGCAGGAUUAUUUGACAGGACACUAAGGCGGGGAACGGGAGCCUGAGCCCGGCGGCGGAGCGCUUCCUGCUGUGGAGACUCGAGAAGCAUCAGCCGAGCGGGAAGAGCCGGGCGGGAGGAGGCGGAGAGCCGGACGGCCCCGUGGGAAGGAAGAGGAAGGUCCGCCUGCCCGCGCGGAACACUGUGGACGCUCGCACGGGGGUCUUCGCACCCGUAAUGCUGCAUUACACGUAGGACUGUGUUUACUAAAGUGUGUAAAUGUUUCUAUAAAUACCGAAUUGCAGCAUCCCCAGAAAUGAAUAAAGCCUUUUUACUUGUGGGUGCAGUCGAUUUUUUUCUUUCUUCUUUCUUUGAAGUGUCGUGAGUCAUCUUGAUUGUAUAUUGGAAAUAACUGUGUAACAAAGCAUAUUAUAAAUAUUUCAAUGAAUUUUACUCUGAAUCUGCUGAAAGCCUUUUGAACAUUAAAUGAUCAGCAUUACUUGAACGCAUCCAGAGGAUAUUUAAACCAACAUGAAAAACCGAAGGCCGUUGGGUGUCCCCCCUCCGUGUCCCGUUCCAGCACAUGCCUGUGUCUUCUGAACUGAGGCCUUUCUGUGAACAGCGUCGUAACUUCUAUCAUGGAAAGUGUAUUAUACAUAAUGUUUGUGUCAUGUAUAUGCCUAAAUUUUAAUUCCCUAUAAAUAAAACAUCUGUCAUAAAA